AUGGGACUUUGGUCCGAGAAUGAGGACGAGCGUCUAAUUGCUGCUAUCCAGCGCUGGGGCACGAAUUGGACCAAAGUGGCUACUGAAGUCGGAUCAAGAAGUGCAGAUCAAUGCUCAAGUCACUGGAACCACGUCCUCGACCCCAAGAUCAAUUACUGCGACUGGACACCAGAGGAGGACGCAGACCUCCUCCACGAAGUCUUGACCAACGGCACCAAGUGGGCUCAAAUCGCGAGCUAUCACACUCCAACUCGAACUACUCUUGCACUCAAGAAUCGAUACUCCACUCUGAGGGUCAAGAACGAGAAUAGAAGCCGAGUACGCCAAACUCAACCCAGCCCAUCCUUCGGGCAUGUAACAUUGCAAAGCAUCCACGCGCAGGCGAGUCUGGGAAAUUCCGAGGGGGUCAGCAUAUCCAAUUCGAGCGAAAACAGCGAGUCAUUACGAUCUGAUGAUAUGGAAGACGAGGAAGAGGAAAGAGAACCUGUUAAUAAAAAGGUGAAAGUGAUACGCACAUGGCUGGAGGAUCUUGGCAGCGACACAGACGUCCAAACCGACGGCGGCAUGAAUACGCGCCCAUCAGGGCAGAAUGAGACUACUCCCGUGAGAAUGGAUGGGAUCAAUGUUGCCAUGACAGACAACACAGCAUGGUAUGACUAUCCGAAGGAGAACGUCCUUCCAACUCCAGGUAUCAACGAGGACAGCGGCAUGGCCAUGGACGAGUAUUUGCAACUCGACCCAGCUUUGCUGCGAGACCAAGCUCCAGGGCCGCCCUUCCACGUGGCCGGAGGUUGCUUUUAUGGGGAAGAGCCGCCAAGUCCACAGAAGCGCAAUACACCUGACCUUCCACACGGAUUGAGCACUGCAACUCAACCGCUCUCAGACACCGCUAGGUGUACUCAAAUUACCAAUGGAACUUCGCUGGCGGGAAGCAACAAGGGCCUCGAGUGCGAUGACUGGGUCAUGGCCUCCAAGACGGCCUCCGUGGCCAAAUCGACGCCUUCAUUCCCAUCACUGCCGCCGCAUGAUAGGGCAGCAUCAACACCAAAGUCAAGAAGGUUUCGGGUGUCAGUAACACUCACAUGCGAUGAAGGGCAACUAGCUUCAGCCCUGACGCAGCUUACUGGGUUUGGGGCUGGUUUAUCUGUCAGUGUGGAAAACUUCGAGUAG